AUGAAUUUAAAAUUCUUUAUAUUAAUUUUCACUUUUCAAUUAAUAAGAUUUUCAUUGACUUCUUUAAAGUUUACAAAUAUAAAAUGUGAAGAAUUCGAUUCAAAAUUUGCCGCAUUCCAUGAAUGUCGUCUACGACUGCCCAAACGUAAUACAGUGGCUUUACACAUUUAUGUUAAACUUUUUCAACUACCGGUAAAUAAUGUGUCGAUCAAUUUAUCCCUGAUGAAAAGAGCCAAUGGCUAUAAACCAUUUUUGUAUAAUGUAUCUACUGAUUUUUGCCUCUUUAUGAAGAACAAGAAACAACAUCCAUUUUUAAAUUUCUUUUUAAGUUUGCUGGUCAAAGCCUCAAAUAUAAAUCAUACAUGUCCAUUCAAUCAUGAUGUCAUUGUUCGUAAUUUAGUUUUACAAGAGUCAAUGUUUCAAAUUUUACCACUACCAUCGGGAGACUAUAUGUUCCAGUUAAAAGUGGCCGCCUAUAAUGACUGGAAGGCAGACGUGAAAGUCUACUUUCAACGAAAUGACAAUGGAAUUUAAAUUCUAUUU